AUGUCGGCGGCAUCAUCGAUCAAACUGUCCCGGUCGCCAUCUAUAAGAUCGAACGCACAGAUAUCACCUCCACCCACCCCAAAACGAUCACGAGAAUUAUUACCCACGCCUCCGCUGCAACCUGAAAAAGAGCCGACUUUCCACAACUAUCUCCGUGCUUUUCACCAUUUCCAUCCCAGCUCCACGGUCACCUCAGCUGGAGACGAGUCAUCGAUAACUGUACCCAUUAACCUUGGAGACGUAAUCCUCGUUCACUCGGUACAUCCGAACGGGUGGGCGGACGGGACGCUACUAGCCUCGGGGUCAAGAGGAUGGCUACCAACGAACUACUGCGAACCAUAUGACCAUCCGUCCAUACGGGCAUUGUUGAAUGCAUUGACGCAGCUGUGGGACUUGGUCAGGAGCGCGGAAGAGGAGAACGUCAUCUCCCUUUCCCGUCCAGACUAUGUGCGGGCUAUGAUUGCCGGAGUGCGGAUAUUUUUGGACAAGUCAAAUUGUUUAAAUCGAGAAUCGCCGCUUAUUCAGAGCGACGUUGCUUUACGAAGGCUUCGGAAAGGGCUGCUCGGCGAUCUGUCCAGUUUUGUGAAAAUCUCCAAGAAAUUGCAAACGGUCCUGCAAAGGGAGUGCACCAACGCAGAGGCUUCCGAGGUCCUAGACCAACUGGUCUUGAAAGGUUCCAAAGUCGUUAUUCGUGCCGUUCGCUUUCUUGAUGUCCGGAGUCAAGAUGUGCCAAUUUUACAGCCCGAAUUCGACUUCGGGGAUCUAGAUCUACAUCAAGAUGGCGCUCGAUUACCCACCCCUCCGAUCGAUAGCGAAACUCAUUUGGAUCGGGUGGAGGAGCCAAACGGGGACACACCCGGCGCCCUUCCGCAACCGUACGAUGGAAUUGCUGUUGUGCAACAACCCCUUGAUCCGGCCGCGCAUCCUGCAGGUAUCGACCAACAAGUUCUCUGUUCCUCAGCUGCUUCACAAUCUCCCUCUGAUGCAUCUUUCCGCCCCAAUAAUCGUCCGACUUCAAUAUCCCGCCCCCUCUCACAAGUUUUCUCCGCAAAACGCUCGUCGGUCGCCCACCGCCUCUCCUACAUCAGCAGAACCAGCACCAUCCGCCGCCAGAAUCUCGCAUCUGAGCGAUUGGGUGCAGCACAUGAUUUGUUCCUUGGAUUUAUUGGAUCGUUUAUCGGACUUCACCUUCAAUCUCGCUCAUCGACAGAACUCCUGUCCAUUACCGAGCAAUCAGUGAAGGCUUGCCGUCAACUGCUGCUCGUCGUCGAAGAGGUAUGGGAGCGCGAUGGACGAAGGUCUCCGAGCCUGGGACUGGCACGGGAAUUUAUGCAUAUGAAACUCAUCGAGCUAGUACAAGCGACCAAAGACAUGUUUGCGCAGACGACCAGUGGCGAAGAAGUGUUCAUGCCGGACCAAGGCAAGCAGUUGGUGACGGCGGCGACGAGCUGCGUUCGUGCAGCAGGCGAUUGCGUCGCGAAGACGAGGGCUGUCAUCGAACGGAUCGGUGAUUUUGAGUUCGAGCGACCCGGUGAAGGACUGUCCGAUGCAAUUUUCGGCGCAUUAUCUCCAGAUACGACUGCUGGGGUGCAGCAAUGCGCCGUGGCGGAAGCACCUCCACUGCUGGAAAAACCUCUACCAAUGCCUCCUCAACCAAAAUCUCGACCUCCACCACCACCGCCAAUUCAAGGUCUAGAAUCCAAACCUCUACCCCAGCCUCCAGCAGAGUCUCUCUCACUCGAACCGAUCCCCCAACCGUCUCUCGUGGAAUCGUCCGAAGCGGUUUCAUCACUCGGCUCCCGAUCGUCGAUCCCUCCAUUAUCCCAACUACCUACUCCACAUUUCUCUCCGUCCGAGUUCUCCCCGGAUAGCACAUCCGCAAGCCCAGAUCUCAGUUCCAGCAAGCUUUUUGCAAAGUCUGCACGCAGUGAGAGCUUGAACACCUCGGGGGGUGAGACCAACAGCACCUACCCCAGCAGCAUCCAAGGCGACGCUGCGAGCAUCAUCUCCCAGACCUCCACACGCGCCACCAGCCCGGAUCGUAAUGUCCAUCAAAACGAGGAUGGCCGAAUGCUCAGCAGCUUUGGAAGCCUCUCUGAAAUCCAAUCGGCUGCAAGCGACGAUCUCGUCGAAGCUCAAAUCCUUGAGACCACAUAUGCUCAUGAGCUGAUUUACAGCAAAGAUGGCCAAAUCGCUGGGGGGUCGCUACCGGCGCUGGUCGAGAAGCUGACUACUCACGACUCCACGCCUGACGCCAUGUUCGUCACAACCUUCUAUCUCACCUUCCGUCUUUUCACCAAUCCGAUGGACUUUGUCCACGCUUUGAUCGAUCGCUUCGAUUAUAUCGGCAAUAGCCAGGAUAUUGGGCUUCCUGUACGCCUUCGCGUGUACAAUGUGUUCAAAGGAUGGUUGGAGAGCCACUGGCAAAGUGAGACCGACUCGGCAGCGCUUGGUGUCAUCAUCGCCUUCGCCACUGGCAAGCUGCAUUCGGCACUUCCCGCUGCAGGCCGCCGUCUUGGUGGGUUGGCAUCCAAGGUGACGGAAGUGCAUGCAGGCGCCCUCGUGCCUCGCCACGUAUCAUCGCUAGGCAAGACGAGUACUUCUGUCACCGUCUUCUCCGCAGUGGACAAUCAGAUCCCGAACCCCAUUACGAGCAAGACGCAGCUCAAUGCACUGAGGAAUAGCAAGAACGGUGGUCCUCCUUGCAGUAUCCUCGACUUCGACCCUAUGGAGCUGGCGCGGCAGUUCACUAUUAUUGAGUCGCGGAUCUUCUGCGCCAUUGGUCCGGAAGAGCUCCUUGCGUCCGAAUGGACUAAAAAGCAGGAUUCAAAGGCAGUGAACGUCCGUGCCAUGUCAACCCUGUCGACCGAUCUUGCCAACCUGGUUGCCGACACCAUUCUGCAACCGGAGGAACCGAAGAAGCGCGCCGUCAUCCUCAAGCAAUGGGUGAAGAUCGCGCAGAAGUGCCUCGACCUUAAUAACUACGAUUCUCUCAUGGCGAUCAUCUGCUCGCUCAACUCCUCCAUGGUCCUCCGCCUCAAGAGGACUUGGGAUCUCGUCUCACUCAAAACCAAGACUCGCCUCGAGGAGCUCAAAACCAUCGUUGACGUUGGCCGCAACUAUGCCGUGCUCCGCCAGCGUCUCCAGAACCACGUCGCCCCUUGCAUCCCCUUUGUGGGCAUCUACCUCACCGACCUGACAUUCGUCGACGUUGGCAACCAAACCACCCGCCAACUCCCCAGCGAUGGCUCCGGUCGCGCCGAAACCUCCGUUAUAAACUUCGACAAGCACAUGAAGACGGCCAAAAUCAUCGGGCAACUGCAGCGCUUCCAGGUGCCGUAUCGGCUCGCGGCGGUCCCGGAGAUGCAAGACUGGAUGGAAACCCAGAUCCAGCGGGUGCGGAACAGCGACCAGAGCAACGUCCAGAGUUACUAUCGUCGGUCUCUGCUGUUGGAACCAAGGGAGGUCCCGCAGGUCAAUCCGCACCCGACCGCGAGUAAGCAUUCCGCGACCGGAAGUGUGAGCAGCACCAGCAUGAAAGAAAACAAGGACAAGUUUGAUCUCUUCGGGUCUCUGCAUCUGAACUUGUCGAGCUCCUCCAAGGAGAAGCUGAGCAACUAA